AAAUAAUUCUAUUGUGUUGAACAAGUGUUAUUACUUUUUACAAAAAUUUGUGACUAUAUUUAUAAAUAAAGUUUAAGUGCUUAUUAAUCAAUAGAAUUUUUAUAAUUUAAGUAAAACGAGAUGUCCUAAUCGUAAUUAAACCCACCAAACGCAUUUAAAUAAUAUACAUGUGAUGUGAGCAACUGUACACAAGACAAGAUGGCUGAUUAUCACAUCCGCGAGGCAGCGGAGUCGCUAAUUGGCAGCAUGUCCCAAAGGCCGUACAGAAGUUUGGCUCAAUCGCAGUCCGUGAAUCUCUUGUCCGAGGACUUGGUUGCGGGUCACAGGCCUCAAGGGAGCAUGUCCAGUAUACGAAGAUUUUUUUGUCUCUUUGUCACGUUCGACCUCCUUUUUACCAGUCUGAUGUGGCUUAUAUGUGUUGUGAUGCGUGGCGAAACAUUAAUACAAAUAUUUACGAGAGAGAUUAUACAUUAUGACAUCAAAGUGUCAUUAUUCGAUAUAGUACUGGUUGCAAUAUUAAGAUUUUUACUAUUAAUAUUAUUCUACGCCAUAUUAUAUAUUAAUAAUUGGAGUGUGAUAGCGCUCACAACGAGCGGUACGUGUGCCUUUUUGAUCGCCAAAGUGUUCGUGUUUGAUUGGCCCAAUGCGGCCCAACCAGUGUACCAGGUGUUCCUAAUCCUGGCUUCGUUCACGUUGUCCUGGGGCGAGGCCUGGUUCCUGGACUUCAGGGUGUUGCCUCAGGAGUUGCAGGCGAAGCAGAUCCUCGAAGCCAUCGUAACUCAUGGAGCGACAGAACGCACUCCGCUUUUACCUGCUGGAUCCACGCAUGGUGGGUCCACAGUGAACUGGUUCUCGCCCGUGGAGACGCCGGAGUCCAGCCCGAGACCCAGGAUGCCUGGGGAACAGGUUAUCUUGACGCAAGAUCAGAUAGACGAAUACAAACGCCUCGCGGAGGAGAGUAUGCAGGACGCGUGGAGGGUGGUCCACGCGCCAUCUUGGAAGUUGGAGAAGAGGGGGUCGCAAAAGGGUGAUAUUGUGGAGUCAACUCAGACUGAAAAGUUCGGGAAGGUGUAUCGAUUUACGGGUAUCGUGGACUGUCCAGCCAAAUUCCUGUACAACGAGUUCAGAGACAACUUAACCAGGCUGCCGGAGUGGAAUCCCACUAUAUUAAAAAGUGAAUUGAUUAAAGAAGUAGGUCCCGGCGUGGACUUGUCGUACCAAGUGACAGCUGGUGGGGGUCGCGGGAUUAUCGCCCCACGGGACUUCGUCAUCCUCCGCCGGACGGCGCCAUUGAGUAGUGACGGGAAAGUGACAGAUGACACGCCAUCUAGUUUCAUUAGCAGCGGUGUCAGUGUCACUGUGCCCGGAUACCCACCGCAUCGGGAUAUGGUCAGGGGACACAAUAAAGUUGGCUGUUGGUUUCUGACCCCCAAGUGGGUCCAAACGCCAAAUGGCAAAGUGGAACAGACAGUCUUCCAGUGGCUUAUGUGCUGUGAUCUUAAAGGUAAAAUACCACAGUUCGUGUUGGACGCGGCUUUCGCUACUGUGAUGUUGGACUAUAUUGUCCAUGUGAGAGCAUUUGCGGCUAGUUGUAAAGCUAAAGGCAUGUUUUAAAGUUCUAACUUGAAGGGUUUUUGUACGAAUUUAGAUAUUUAAAGUUCCAAUAUUAAACACGUGCAAUUAAUGAUUUUAAAUCAUUAUUCGACAUACAUUUUUAAAUUUAAGCCACUAAUGAAUAAAGAUUUGUUAUUCAAUUUUUGAAAUUAGUUCUAUGUUUAACAAAAAGUUUUUAUGUAACUGAUUUUUUUUCAAUUAUUAAUUGUAAGUUUUAAUGAUAUAUAAAUUAAUGAUGAUUUUUGUGGAACUUUAAAUCAUUAUUUGUAACAUUUUCUAAAAAUGAAACGUUAAAAGCAAUGAUAAUAUCUAAUCGAAUUUUAGGGUUUUUUGACUAUGCUUUAAAAUUUCAUUCUUUGUUCAAUGAACGAAAAGAUAUUUAAUUUAAAAACAUCACAUUUCCUUCAAAAAUUAAAAAUGAUUAUUUAAAAAAAAUUGUAUUAAAUCAUCGAUCAACAUAAUUGAACAUAAAGGAAAAUAUUUUUCAUUAAAUUAACGAUUUUACUUGAAAAAAAUUUAUUUGUGACAUAAAAAUCUUCUGAAUCGAAUUAUUAAAAUUUUUUUCACUGGACGAAUUAAUGUUGUAAUAUUUAUUUUUAUACCAAAAUAAAAAUGUUUUUUAAUAAAUCAUUAGUUAACGACUGAUUUAAAUAAGAAUUAUCAGUUUGUAUGUAAUUAGGCUUCCAAGUGAAAGUGUAUGUUUGUCCACAAAUUUCUCGGUAAUUUUUUGACUUUGAGACUUUUUUAUUGGGUCAUUAGUUUAAUCAUUAAUUUGUUUAAUUAUAUUCACAAUUUCGUGCAUUUUUAGUUGCUAUAAGUGAAUUUAUGUAGAACGUUCUAGAAUAAAAGAGGACACCCGCGCCUAACCCUGCUAGAAAUAUGUAAGUUAAGCUUUAAUAAAGGAAAUUUUAUAUCG